GUCGCCCUGAAUCUCUUCUUUUUGGACUCAGAUCCACAACUGUAGCCUCAGAAAUCGCCAAACUGCAUAGACCAGCUCACGGACCACGUCAAGUCGAGUUGAUCGCUCGUCAAAUUAUCAAAUUCAAAGCAGCUUGAUAGGCUUUUUGUCUCCUCACUCUUUCACCCUCAGUCUGCUACAACUAUCGUAUCGUCUUUGUCGAGGGGGCCCUUACUCAUCAUGUCUCUGGAUCUUGAACAGCACCUCACCUUUUAUGGUGCUUACCACCAUAACUCGGUUAAUGUCGCCAUCCACAUGUUUUGCGUUCCCCUCAUCCUCUUAUCGGGGUUCUGUAUGGCUACAUACACCGGCACUCUCAUUCCUACACCAUCUUGGAUUACUCCCCCUUAUCUGGACCUCAACCUUGGUGUCAUUGGUGCCAGCCUUUAUUCCUUGCUCUAUCUGCUCUUAGAGCCCUUUGCGGGCUUCCUUCUGGCUCUUUUCUGCAUGGGAGGUGCAGCACUUGGCAACUACCUCCAUCAGCAAAACCCUGACACAACUUUCCAAGGUGCUCUGGCUAUCCAUAUUGUCUGCUGGAUCUUCCAGUUUAUUGGCCAUGGUAAAUAUGAAGGGCGUGCCCCUGCUUUGCUCGACAACCUCAUCCAGGCCGUCUUCCUUGCCCCUAUGUUUGUGUGGCUUGAGAUACUCUUCAAGUUUGGAUACCGACCAGAGCUCCGAUCUCGUGUCAACAAGAAAGUCCAGGUCGAGAUUGAGAAGUUCAAGUCAAAGAACGGCAAGACCCAAUAGAGCAAUCA